CGGGGGGGAGGCGUUCGGCGCGGACCCACUUCCGGCGGGGAGGCUCCCGCGGCGGCGGCGGGCGGGCGGCUCGGCCCGGCGCCCGGCUCGGCCCGGCCAGGCCUCGCCUCCCGGGACGGCGGCGGGAGGAUGUCGCGGGUGCCGGUGGGGAAGGUGCUGCUGCGCAACGUCAUUCGCCACACGGGCGCGCACAACAAGAUUCAGGAAGAGUCAGAAAUGUGGAAAAUACGGGAGUGGGAGAAGCAGACGGAAGAGACUUAUUGGAGAAAGCAAAGCAGAAUGCUGUCUGACACCUCCAGCAGUCGGAUGCGCAGUGAUGGCUUCGACGAGGAGAGCCACAGGGUCGACUGGAAGGCAAAGAACUCCCAAUUUCUUGACCCCAUCGAAGAUGAUCUCCUUAGGGCCCGAUCCUGGAAUAAAAAGCUCUAUGAAUGUGAAGCCAACAUGCCAGACAGGUGGGGUCACAGUGGCUAUAAAGAGUUAUACCCUGAAGAAUUUGAUACAGAUAGUGACCAGCAAGAAGGAGACGAACAAAAUGCUGUCAAUGGGAAGAAGUCGUCUCACCUGGGAAAGCAACCUGCCCGUGAGUCGCACAAACGGAAAAAAACAAAGAAAUCGCACAAGAAGAAACAGAAAAAAAGAUCACACAAAAAGCGAAAGAAAAAGAAAAAGGAGCAGGCAAAAACAUCAUCAGACUCUUCCCAGGAGAGUGAGUGCUCAGAAGAGACUUCAAGCACCCGGAAAGGGAAACACAAGCGCAAGAAAAAGACCAGGAAAGUGCCUGCCAGGAAACCUGCCUCCUCUUCUGGGCAGGAAAGUGACUUUUCCCAUGCAAGCAGCUCAACCACCAGCAGCUCUGAGGACAGUGAAUCUGAGGAGAAAAAAGAGAAAUGCCCCUCCCAAAAGAGAAAGAAACGUCACAAUUCGGUGUCAGAGAGGAACAGUGAAGUACCAGAGAAGAGGAGCAAGAGGAAGAACUGGAAAGUGGCAGCUGACGAGAAAUCAGAGGAUAGCUCAGAUGAGGAUUGAUGAGGAGAUGCUGAGCCUAGGCUGCGCCUCGGACAAGAAGGUAGAGGACAGAGGCAGAUGUUUUUCUUUGAGCACUGCCACACGGUACAACGUGCGUUCAGCACUGUGGUUUAUACACCCUGCAGCCUGCAGGGGAGAGACUGAG